UUUAAUUAUUCCAGCGACAUUUGUUUGACGUCAACGAUUCUUUUUUCUGUGUAAAAGUAUUUUAUUUUUCAAUUUAUUGUUCGAAAUGGAUGACUUCGGUGACAAUUUCGUUCAGCCAGAGGUAGACCCGGCAGCAGAGUUUCUCGCACGAGAACAAAAUCAGCUGGCCGGCCUGGAAGACGAAUUGGAAACUAGUGCUCCUCCCCCAAUCGUUGCUCCAGCUUCAAAUGGCUUUGAGGAUUUUGUCGAAAUUCCCAGUUCAGCAGUUUAUGAAUCUGAGGGUCUGAUGGAUGCUGAGCCGGCACCCACUACUGUGUUCAGACAGGAGAGAGAGGAGCCGGAGAAGAUAAGAAUAUGGCGUGAGGAACAGAAAAAGAGACUUACUGAAAAAGAUGAAGAAGAAGAAAGGAAAAAAGAGGAAAUGUUAAAAAUUGCAAAGAAAGAAUUAGAAGACUGGUAUAAGACGCAUGAGGAACAAAUUGCUAAAACCAAAGCUGCUAACAGGGAGUCUGCUAAAAAUGCUGAGCGAGCGCUGGCGCGGGGUUCCGAGGGUGGGUCAACGGAAGGUGGGGAGUGGGCGCGAGUGGCGGAGUUGUGUGACUUUGGGCCAAGGCGCGGCCGUGACGUGGCUCGUCUGCGCUCCAUAGUGCUGCAGCUCAAGCAGGCCGGUGUCAGGCCUAACUACCCACCGCGCACCACCAAAGUGGUUUAAACUGUUGGGACAAUAUGGAUGGAGCACUGUUAGAAGCCUGAAAUAUUUGCACAUAUAAAUAUGUCAGUCGUCUCAUUAUUUGAAAUUAUAUUAAUUUAAAAUGUGUUUAUUGAAAAAUGUUACAAGAUGUGCUAUUGGUUAACAAGUAUUUAUGCUAG